UAUUGCUGCCAUGUACACUUCCCCGGCUAGUUUCUGAAAGCUUUUGUGAGAGGCUUGAGUGAAAGAAGAGAGUUGGGUCGGCGGGUUGAUCAGCGAUCGGUGAUCAUGUCCACAAGGAGAUCAAGAACCUCUCAGUUCACAGAAGAUGAGAUCAAUAACCUCAUCUUCAAGUUACAGGCUCUGCUUCCUCAGCUUGAGCAAAGGAGAAACAAUGGAAGGGUAGUAGCCCCAUCAAAGAUUUUGAAGGAAACAUGCAGUUACAUUCGGAGGCUACACAGAGAGAUGGAUGAGCUGAGCGAAAGACUGACCUCGCUGUUGGAUAAUAUGGAGAUAUCUAGUGUCGAUGCCCAACUUCUUAGAACUGUUCUUCUACAAUAAACCCUUCGUCUUUGCUUCUCUCUCUCUCU